AUGACGAAUCAGCUCCGCACCAUGGGCGUCCCGCCAUCCAAGAAGAGCUUCAGGGCUACCAUGCGCGCGCAAAUCAACAGCAAAUCCGCCCGCAAAGUCAUCAAAAAGUUGCUCGACGUCGGUCCACUACACAGGGUGUUUCUCGGCCACUCCAACUGGGUGCAAGCAAACGAGGACAAAAGGCUCGACAGAAACAUCUCGGCCCUUCCACAAGAACUUCAAGACAUGGUUCUGGACUUCACUCUUGCCGCUGCACUGCCCGAGAAGAAAACCAUCUGCAUCGUCGAUGGUCACUAUCAUCUGGACGCAACCACACAAGAUGAUCCAGCCGGUGUUGUCCUGAUCAGUCCUGCAUAUCCAUUGUACAAGCCGCCGACUGCCCUUCACAUCAACCGUAAGAUCCGCGCGAGGUUUGCUGAGUCAUACUACGCCGACACCACGUUUUUCAUCCCUGAAACUCUUACCCUGCGACGGCCGUAUUAUGUAGAGGGACCCGCAUACAUCUCAUUCAAGAAAUUCGUGACUUCACUCACUCUGGAGCAUCGACGGAUGAUUGGGACUGUCAAGCAUACYCUCGAAGAGCCCGCCUACACCAAAGAUGACAGUUUCUUCGUCAGGCCAUUUUCGCUUGAAUAUUUCGCGAGUGCGAUGGUUUUGAACGCAACAGGGAUCUUACCGCAAUACCCACGACUGCAAAAUCGUCUCUGGGACGUGGCCCUGACUAAAUUUGCAUUGUUGGGGAUCAAGAAACUGGAUGGUCAAAAGYAGAUGGUGUGGCACCGGUUGGAUGGGACGAUCGUGCCGUGA